AUGUUGGCACCACUUCGUAAUAGUCUCCGGUGUUCCGUCAGGGCAUGCACGCCCCUCGUCGUGGCCCGCCGCCUCCUCUCCACAACGACGCCAACAGCGACUGGAGCCGCCUCUGCUACUGCUGGCUCUGGCGACGUUGCCGCCUCGGGCAGCACUAAGAAAUACCCCCCAACUAUCACCCUCCACGGGAAAACAUACCCGACCGAUGAAUGGACAAAUAUCCCACCGUUCAUUCUCUCGCUAGCGGCAAGAGAAGUGCCCCACCACUUGAACGAAAACCACCCAAUUGGGAUCCUUCGGGAUUUAAUUGAAACCAAAUUCCGAGGAAUGGGGUACACUUUUUACAAUAAUUUUGCGCCUGGAGUGCUGACAUUUGAAAAUUUUGAUGUUUUAGGAUUUCCCGAGGAUCAUCCAGGAAGAUCAAAAUCUGAUACAUAUUAUCUCAAUAAGGGAAAUUUAUUGCGCACUCACACUUCUGCGCAUGAACAUGAAUGUUUCCAAAACUGUGACACUUCCGGGUAUAUCAUUACUGCUGACGUGUACCGGAAGGAUGAGAUUGAUCGUACCCAUUAUCCAGCGUUCCAUCAGAUGGAAGGUGCCAUGACAUGGUCUCAACUGGACGCCAAUGUAGAGGAACAGAUCCAAGCAGCAAUUGAUGCAAUCCCAGAAACAAACAUUAUUGUUGAAGAUCCAUUCCGGUCGGAACCUGCGAAUUCCGGGAAUCCAAAACAAUCAUACAUGACCGGAAUUCAAUGUCAAUUGGUGAGCGUACAUUUGAAAAAAACUUUAGAAUUUUUAGUGCAUACCGUUUUCGAGGCGGCACGUGAGAGCGCGCGGUUGGCCGGAUCUCAAGAACCGUAUUUGAAUGAACCCCUUAAAGUUCGUUGGGUGGAAGCUUAUUUCCCCUGGACUAGUCCCUCCUGGGAGAUUGAAGUUUGGUGGAAGGGUGAAUGGCUUGAAUGUUGUGGAUGUGGCCUUGUUCAACAACAAGUCUUACUCAAUUCUGGACUCGAUAACCAACAAUUUGGAUGGGCCUUUGGAGUUGGGCUUGACCGGAUUGCCAUGUUAUUGUUUGGAAUUCCGGACAUCCGACUCUUCUGGACACAAGAUCCGAGGUUUGCCAACCAAUUCUCUCAGGGCAAAAUCACCACUUUUAAACCAUAUUCGAAAUAUCCCUCCAUCAAGAGAGAUGUGGCGUUUUGGCAUCAAUUGGACAGCGGUGCUGACAAUGCGCAAUUUGAAGGACUUCAUGCCAAUGAUGUGAUGGAGAUUGUUCGCACUUACGGGGGCGAUUUGGUCGAGAACGUCACGUGCAUCGACGAGUUUACCCACCCGAAAACAGGGAGAAAGAGUCAAUGUUACCGUAUCAAUUACCAAUCAAUGGACCGGAACUUGACCAAUGAAGAGAUCAAUUCGAUUCAAGAAAAAGUAGAAAAGGAUUUGGUUAAAUUUUUCGGAGUUGAAGUUAGAAAGUAG